UUUUUGCCUUUCAUUUUAUUUUCUUUUAAAAGCAGUUUACACAGUUAGCAGUUUAUUAGAUACACCUAGCUAAAAUUAUAGUCUAUUACAACAAUCAUACCUUGAAGGUUAUAAGGCUAUAAUUAGUUUGUGUAGAAAAUAUUCUAGAGAAGCGUUGAUUCAACUGUACAGUUAUUUUUGAGAGAUCAUAGUUUGUGGUGCUGUUUAACUGUUUUACAUCUUGGAGUGCAUUUUUAUAGCUUAUGUAAAACGCCUUGUUCAAAGAAGGAUACGCAUGUCUUCGCUUUUAUUUUGAAAAUAACACCACUUCCGGUCUUAUCCUGCUAACUGCCGUGUGUUUGACGGGGUUUGUCUGUUAGAUGAUGCGGAGGAACGGGAGUGCCCCAUUCACACUCCCUUCACAUUUACGUACAACAGCGGAUCUCCCAGGAAGGACAAAUUAAGUGGACACGGUCGAUGGGAACAUAUGUGUGAUAUAAAAGUCCGGAUGCAUCUGUUCAUUACACUAAUCGGGGAAAACUAUGAUCGCUUUAAAAGACUGACGAUUUGGGACACCGUUACUCUUUUUACUUUUGCGUUCAUCUAAACCGGCCACUCAUUCAUUCAUUUAUAAACUGCUGCACCCACAGUCUGUUGUUCAGGCUAGAUAAACCCCAUCCCCUUACACUGGUGUAUGCUUUUGAGUCCUGCGGUGAGGAUGGAUAUCCGGCUAUGUUUCCCCAGGUGCCCGCUGCUGGUGCUGCUCUGCACGGUCGCUGCCCUGUCGGUGUCCCGGAGUCCCGCGGUUGCUGCGGGGAGGAGCUGCGCCGACACCCGGCAGGUGUACGCGGAGAAGGGGUACGGCACAGACAUCGCUCCGCUGACUCAAAUCUCCGGUGAGCACCUGCGCCUCUGUCCUCAGGACUACACCUGCUGCUCCAGUCAGAUGGAAGAGACGCUGGCCCUGCAGAGCGAGAGGGACUUCCUCAGAGCCGUCGAGGACAACAGCCAGUUCCUUUUGACCACCUUCACCCAGAGACACCGCAGAUUUGAUGAAUUCUUCAGAGAGCUCAUAGACCUAUCAGAGAAGUCUAUGAACCAGAUGUUUACCAAGACCUACGGCCGGCUAUUCACCCAGAAUGUGCAUGUCUUCCAGGAGCUGUUUGUGGAGCUGCGCAGAUAUUAUUCUGGGGGCAGUGUGAGUCUGACAGAGGUUCUGUCAGACUUCUGGUCCAGACUGGUGGAGCGGGUCUUCUCUCUGGUCAACCCCCAGUAUCAGUUCAGUGAGGACUAUUUGGAGUGUGUCAGCAAACACGCCGAGCAGCUGCAGCCGUUUGGAGACGUGCCACGCAAACUGCGAGUACAAGUGUCCAGGGCUUUCAUUGCAGCCAGAGCACUGUCCCAGGGCUUGGCUACUGGUCGGGAUAUUGUUAACAAAGCAACAAAGUUGACUGCAGAUUCAGAGUGUGUGCGUGGCCUGAUGCGCCAGUGGUACUGCCCACUAUGUCGAGGCAUGCCCUCCAUGCGGCCCUGCCACUCCCUGUGCCUUAAUGUGAUGAAGGGCUGCUUAGCCAAUCAGGCCGACCUGGACACAGAGUGGAACAAUUUCAUUGAUGCUCUGUACCAGGUUUCAGAGAAGUUGGAGGGGCCGUUCAACAUGGAGCUCGCAGCUGACUCCAUCUCUGUGAAAGUGUCAGAGGCCAUCAUGCACAUGCAGGAAAACAGUGUCACCAUCUCCACUAAGGUGUUCCAGGGCUGUGGAAGCCCCAGGCCAACUCCAGGACGGUCUAAACGCUCACCGAAGGAGUCAGGGGGAAACAGGAGACCUUUCCGCACCUACAGUCCUGAAGAAAAACCCACCACAGCUGCAGGCACCAACCUGGACCGACUGGUUACGGAGCUGAAGGAGCGACUGCGGCCUAUGCGGGGCUUCUGGGUGUCCCUCCCACACACCAUCUGCAACGAUGAGAAGAUAGCUGCCGACGUCACUAAUGAGGAUCGCUGCUGGAAUGGGCAGACCCGGGGGAGGUACCUCCCAGACGUGACAGGUGACGGGCUAGUCAGCCAGAUCAACAACCCCGAGGUGGAGGUGGACAUUGCCAGGCCAGAUGUGAGGACCAGACAGCUGAUCAUGGAGCUGAGGGUGGUGACCAACAAACUGAAACACGCACACAACGGACAAGACGUGGACUUCAUGGACAGUGAGGAGGGCAGUGGCUCAGGUGGUGGAGAUCAUGGUGAGAGGUACAAUGAUGAUUGGCCAGGCUAUGGGCCUUACUCUCCCCCCUACAACAAACCCCCUCGUAACCCGGUCUCCAACCCCGCAAAGCCUCCUCGAGUCCGAGAGAGAAACGGGUCCAAGUGGAACAAGAACAACGGCCAUGGGCGGGUUCGAUCGGCGACCAGCCGGCUCACCUUCUCCCUGGUUUCUUUGUUGUCUUUGCCUUUCGUGGUCACUGUUGCCCCCAUGUGGAGAUAGCUGGUUAUUACAGUCUGGAGGUGGAGGUUUUCUGUCAUGCUGGAGUCUUAAGCACAUUAUGAAGAAAAGAAAGUCAUUCCAUUUGGUUACACCAGCAGAAAAAUAAAAAACAAAAUAGGCUAAUUUAGCAAUAACCAAAACCCUGUUUACAGCACAAAAUAAAUAAGUUAAAGUGGAUAUUCUUCCGACUGCUCAAGCCACAAAAGAGGCUUUACUAGACAGUGAUGAUUAUAAACAACUUAAUUAAUAAGUACUACCCUUUUCCAGUGCCAUUUGUUAGAUGUUUUACCUAUUGGAGUCUUGAUGCUGAACAGUGUGCAGUGCUGGUGCAAUGAAGUCUUUGAGAAAGGGGAACUAAAGUACUGCAACGGCGAGUGAAUUAGCAACGUAUUUGAGCGAUGGAGCUGAUUGUCUCAUGGUUUGUUGGUCUGUGAGAUAGAGGUUAGUCGUGCCAGUUAAUUACUGUGUAGUUUCGGUGAGCAGCUGAUAUGAUCUGAGUGCAUUUGUUUGCUGCCGUUCUCAUAAAAAUUAUGUUGAUUAAUGUAAUUGAUUUGAUUUCAGUCUAGCUGUGGUUUAUUUUGUUAAUUUUUCAUCUUGUGGAAGUAGUGAGAUUUAAUUUAAUCGCUCAAUUAAACCUCUAUAUUUUGGCUUGGGAAUUUAAAAAAAAAAAAAAAGUCAGGACGACUCUUGAAACCAAACAAGGGGCUUAUUUUGAAUGUACCUAGAAGCUCAAAGUAAUUUUGGGUUACUUGUGUUAACAGGGGGUUAAUUAAUGUAAUAUAUUGAUGUUUUUAAUUUAUUUGUAAUAUUAUAUUUCACUGCUUUUAUUGUUAUUAUGAUUUUCAAGGCAAAGGCUGAGUGUUUUUAUCUUCUAAAAGAAGUGUUAGUCUUUAACUUUCUCUGGUAAAAAAGGAAAAUCAAGUUCUAUUUAUUGAUACUUUUUUGCAAACCAGUCACUUUGAAUAUCAAACCAAUCAUGACAAAACAGUUAAUUAUCAUAUCAAACUGGGUCACAAGACCAGCUACGUUUUUUUUUUUCUUUGUCUCAACCAGAGAUUGUUAAGGAGCAACUUGUGUGAAUGUGUGUGUUUGUUUGUAUGGUGGUUUUAUAUUGUUUGUUAUAUGUUCUGGUUUCAAGUUACAGUUCUGCUGAGAAGACGUUGGGAUGUUUUUUAAUAGUGUGCUUUUCUACUUAUUUUUCCUAAAAGCAACAAAAGAUGAUGAAAACAGUGAGUGAGCUCAUGAUGUGACGCAAAAUUGGACUGAAUGUUGACAGAGAGAUGAAUGCUGUCAAGAACUGAGAGACAGCGGUUCCUAAUUUUCAAAUGCCGAAUGUGUUUUGAUGAAGAUAAAGUCAAAGAUUUUUCAGGAAGGAUGUGAGGAGUUGGCCAUUCAUGUGCAGCAAGGAAGAGGAGGGUGGGCUUUAAUAGUUUGGGAAAUACUCUUAUUUGCGAGUUAGAUGAGAAGAUUGAUACCCAUGCCUGUAUGCUACAUAUGAAGCUACUGCCAGCAGGUGGUUAGCUUAACUUAGCAUAAGGGCUGGAAAUGGGGAAAUAGCUCAGCCAUCCAAAGGUAAAAAUCUGCCUACUAGCACUGUUAACGUUUACACAUUAACGAACCUUGUUUAUAUCUCAUUUAAUCUGUACACAACAGAUUGUGAUUUUAUGGCAGGUUGACUUUAUGGCCAGACUAUUUCUUGGCUGGAAGCAGUUGUCAGACAACCAACUUGCCCAGAUAUAACCCUUAAUCCCUUACAAUGUUGAACUUCAGUUUUUACACUACGUUGUGUAUUUUUUUUUUGUGUGUAUAUUAAACAAAUUAGGUACAACGUGUGAGCCUUAGAGGUGCAAGUCAGCAGAUUUUUAUUACCUCUGGAUAGAGCGACCUGCUGCCUGUUUCCCCACCUGUUUCCAGUCUUUAUGCUGCACUAAGCUAACUGGCUACAGUUCCUGAUUUUGUACAGAAAGCAAAUACACAAAGCAUACUUCUCAAAAUGUAAAACUGUUUUUCAAACAAGAAAGCUGACUGAUAGGAUCCCAAAAGAGAACAGAGACAGAGAUGAAGCCUAUAAAGAGAAUGUAUUGAUGCUGUAAUAAGACACAUUUCUGUUGAAUGAGGAAAUUGUGAAAAAAAUCCUUGCGGUUGUUACAGAAAUUCACUUGUAGUCAAAUGGAUUAUUGCACCUGUACAAUACAAAAAAUAGCAAGAGAAGGGUUUCAUUCUAAAAGAUGUCCAUUUCUGUCAAAAAAUAUAACGUUUAUCACUCAUUAUAUGACAAAGAUGAUCUCAUCCUCUAAAGUGGCACUCCUCUGUAAAUAAUCAGUGAAAUAUUGAAGCAAUCAAAGAUGGAUAUCUCAUUUUGGAAUGAAACUCUUUCAAGACAGUAGGGACUAUGUACAAGACUUCACCACAAGCACAGUGUUAUGUUGCACAACUACAAAUGAAAAAAAGUGUUUCACAGUAUCUCAAGAGCAACAGUAUUGUAAUUGUAUGUGCUUUCGAUGAUCAGCAGUCAGACCAGGAUGUGAUGGCUGCAAUAUUUCCAUUCAAUUUCAGGUAAAUUGUUCUUUAGUACAACCUCUCAUCCAUUCCCACUACUCGCACAUUCCGUCAUGGUGAAAGUAUAGCACAACUUUUUUUCAUGUUGUCGUAAGAAUUUUUUGGUAUCAAACAAGUGAUAUUUUCUGCUUCAUUAAAAAACUGAAGAAAAUUUUA